AGACAAUAAUUUGCCUGUCAACAUUACCGAUAUUAUACCGACAUUUAAUAUCGUUCAAGUUGUGACCGGAGCUCGUUACGUACUCGUUACUGACGUUUCCGGAAGCAUGAUUCUUUUUGAUCGCAUCACACGAUUGAACCAGGCAGCCCGUCGUUGGAUCAACUAUGACAUUGCCGAUGGAACUUCUUUGGGUAUCGUUAUUUGGCAGCGUAGCAGCUUUACUAAGUGAUAUGACUGUCGUAAGCAGUGCAACUCGUCAACAGUUGAUGGAUGUAGUUCCCGACUCUGUUGAUGGCGGAACAUGUAUUGGCUGUGGCCUCUUAAUGGCUAUUCAGACACUGAGCCCUGGUGGUAAAGGAGGCGUCAUCGUGUUGGUGACUGACGGUGAGGAGACUAUUCAACCGUACAUAAGAGAUGUAUAUCCUCAACUCAUUGAUUCGGAAGCCCAAGUGGUUUCUAUCGCUUUUGGUCAAGCUGCCGAGGAAGAAAUCGAAGUUCUGGCGACGAAAACCAAAGGAAAAAGUUAUUUUAUCAAUGACGUAGGCAGUACCGAUGGGUUGAACACUGCUUUUAAUGGUUCGUUAACGUACCAACCGGCCGUUCCCUCGGAGGACUUGACUGUCUUAUUGGAUGAAACAAAAUACCAAAAUCCUGGAAACGAAUUUAAAAAUUCGAUCCUAGUCGAUUACACUGUUGGUCGUGAACUCACAUUCCGAGUCGACUACUCAAACAUAAGUUACUUGCAGACUUUCUCUGUCAUGUCCCCGAAUGGGCUGCUCUUUGAUAAUUUAAUUGUUGGUAACGACACAAAAGCUCCGACAGCUUUCAUCAAGAUUCCCGAUGUAGCCGAGGAUGGUUAUUGGGAUUACACUUUGACUGUUGCUAAUAGUCCAAGUGAUUCUGCAAAUGUGAUCGUCACGGCGAAAUCGAAAUCUAGUUCGGGCCCAAUCACGGUUGAAUGCUACGUUCCAAGCGGAUAUGCUAUCAAUGCUUCCAUUGCACCCGUCACACUCGUCGCUGUCGUCAAACAAAGAAAUGACAUGGUCAUCGGAGCAGAAGUUCGUGCCUUCAUAGAAAGACCUGACACAGCUCUUCAAGUGAUCGACUUGGUGGACACCGGGGUUGGAGCUGACGAGUACAAGAACGACGGUAUCUAUUCACGUCACUACAUAGAUCCAUCUAAUUCGGGACGCUACACUUUGGUAUGUGACGUUAAGAGUACGAAUUCAACGUACAUCGAAAAUGGUGAAUCUGACCAACAGCUACGCACCACAACGGGAAAUUUCGCUCGAAAUAAAUCCGGCGGCUCUUUUAGAGUGGAGUUGCCUUUAAAGGAAACUUUCCCGCCCAGUCGAGUAACAGAUUUAAAAGUGGUGGCUAUGCAGGUUGAUCAAAUGUCUGUGACAAUCCAGUGGACUGCUCCUGGUCAAGAACUCGAUAACGGAACUGCAACCGAGUAUGAGAUCAAAUAUUCGGAUGUAUUUGACAACCUGCUGGAGAGUAAUUUCAAUUCCAAUUCGUCCGUGCUAUUCGGACAGCAGGACGUCCUCGACGGAAGUUUGCAACCGCUCCAAUCCGGCAGCAAGCAACGCGUAACUCUUGCUCUACCCAGAACGUCGGAUAACGUGACGUACUACAUCGCUUUAAGAGCCCUCAAUGAAAUCAAAGCUGCAAGCAACACUUCCAAUAUUGUCUCCGUUCAAAUCGUUCCUGUAAAACCACCACAAACCCAACCGCCGACGACCACAAAAACGACUACACCAACUACACCAACUAGCACCCGAACUACCACACCAACUACUACCCGAUCUACCACCCCAACUACAACGCCAACUACCACCCCAACUACCACUAGUACGUCUACUACAAAGGCCCCGGAAACAUCUACUAGCGUCAACACAGGAUGCAACAGUGUGUUGACGAGUUCCAGUGGUUUGUUGACAUCUCCUGACUAUCCAGGGCCAUACCCAGAUGACUACGAUUGCCAGUGGAUCAUUCGAGUGGCUUCUGCAUCCAAAAUCAGGUUGACUUUUAGCCAUUUUGAUAUUGAAUCGUUUGACUUCGUCGAAGUGUAUGACGGUGCUUCCGUCUCCGGUCGGCUCUUACUUAAACACUCCGGAUCGACUGUACCUGGAGACGUUGUUUCCUCUUCCAAUGAAAUGCUGGUGCGUUUCGUUACUGAUGGCACAGGCAACUAUUUUAGAGGAUGGAGAGCCACUUACACUAGCUCUUAAUGAUUUAAUGGUAGUACAUUAUCAUUCAUAUUAAAAGUAGCCAUCUAGUUUUAGAGAAAUACAUGAGCCAUUUAGACGCA